AAAAAAUUGAAGCCGCAGGUCAGUCGCGGUAACCAGAUUUACUGCACCAAUCGUGGUCUUGUUGUUUGCACGGCCUCUAUGCUAUUGACAUGCACUUUUAGGUAUCAAGUUUUUGAGGGUUCCACAGCCUUUGGCGCAUCACACGUGUAGCCCGUACCCCUCCUUGAGUCACUAAGUCGAGACGCGCCUCAAUCUUGUACACUACAAAACGACACACAUACCCACACAUCCAAGCCUGCAUAUCUGCUCUGACGCUGUCCGCGCAUUUAGCCACCUCCACGGCAGCGACCUUGUGCCCAAUUGCAAUUGCCGAAGUGGACCUCGUGCCUAGCCUGUCGCAGAAUUCCCCAUUCAAAGCCUUGUUGAAGGGUGCACAGCGCGCGUUCGCAUUCUACAAGCCCCAGCAAUUGCGUGCUUGAUUCAGAAGGAUGGAUCUCGUCAACUCCUUGAACGACCGCCUGCUCUUUGCGGUGCCUAAGAAGGGCCGCCUCCACCAAGCAUGUCUUGACCUCCUCCACGGCUCCGACAUCCAGUUCCACCGACACUCGCGUCUCGAUAUCGCACUCGUCAAGAACCACCCGCUCGCUCUUGUGUUUCUGCCUGCCGCUGAUAUCCCAACUUUCGUAGGAGAGGGUCGCGUAGACUUGGGCAUAACAGGGCGCGACCAAGUAGCAGAACAUGAGUGCGUCGCACCGCCUACUGCUACCAGCGGUGUAGAGGAGGUCCUAGAUCUCGAUUUCGGAAAGUGCAGUCUACAGGUACAAGUUCCUGCAAAGGGUGACCUGGCAAAGCCGGAAGACUUGAUCGGCAAGAACGUUGUUACAAGCUUCACCAACUUGGCUGAGCAGUAUUUCCGGAAACUAGAGGCCGAACAGGCCGGAAACACAAACGGAGAGGCCAAUGGUGAUGCCAAACUCAAGACAGUCAUCAAGUACGUUGGUGGCAGUGUCGAGGCGGCGUGCGCAUUGGGCGUCGCAGACGGUAUCGUCGAUUUGGUGGAAUCGGGUGAGACAAUGCGCGCAGCUGGUCUCAAGGCCAUCUCUACAGUCGUCUCAUCAAGUGCUAUCCUCAUCAAGUCGAAGCACCCAUCAGACCCCAAGCUGGUAGAGCUGAUCACAGCUCGGAUAAAGGGUGUUAUCACUGCACAAAAGUACGUCCUGUGCACCUACAACAUCGACCGAUCGAAGCUCGAUAUCGCACGCAAGAUUACUCCCGGACGCCGCGCUCCCACCGUCAACGCGUUGGAAGAGGAUGGCUGGGUGGCUGUUCAGGCUAUGGUGUUGAGGAAAGAUAUCGCUAUUGCUAUGGACAAGUUGACAGAGGUUGGGGCUACCGACUUGAUCGUAACCAAGAUCGAGAAUUCGAGAACAGGAGAUUAAAGCGAUCUCUUUGCUAAGGCUUAUGGCUAUUAGAACAUGGCACGCGUUUAUUUCACGAUGCUCGGUGUGAUAGAUAGGAAUUAAAAUAGAUUGAUUCCAUCGAAGCAAAUGAUGAGCCUGGUUCUUGGACUCAUAAAUAUGAACAAUGGGCUCACAGGCUUUCCA